GAAACGUAAAUAAUUAAAAAAAAAAAUAAACUAAUAUAUUUAAUAUCAAUUUUUUAUAAAUUUAAAUAACAAAAGAAAUGAAAAUGUUAAAAUUAUUAUCUACAAAUUUCGUGCUAUUACUUGCUGUAAACUUUAUUAAUUGUCAUGGCCACUGGAAUGGACAUGGCAUGGGUAAUAAUCGUUUUAUACGUGGUUUUGAGCAGAAUUUUUGUCGCACCCCUUUAGAUCAAAUGGGUACUUGUGUUUCAUUGAAAUUUUGCCCCGAAGUUUUAACUUUAUUUACAAAAUUACCACAAAAUUCAGCUAAACAAUAUUCUACAAAUUUGCAAAGAAUAUGUGGAAAUCGUAUAACACCCGAUCAGUAUCCAGUUGUUUGUUGUACCGUAGUAUCAAGAAUAGAUAACUCAGAGCCUGCGACUUCUUCCAGCACAACAACAACUACCACCACUACAACUAGCACCACAGAAGCGCCUGUGGAAACUGUUACUGCUAAUAAAAACUUAAAUACUCAAGAGUCAAGCUGUUUUGCCAAAGAUUUUAAAACCGGAACUUGCAAACGUAAGUUUUAUUUGUAA